AAAUAAUUUGGUCAAACUUGAAAGCUGGAGACAGUGGCCUCACUGAAGUUCUGUGGUGUUGUCUGACCGACCAUGUCUAUUCCAACAAUACCGUGCGGAGUAAGCCAGAUGCCAGUAGUUGGGUUUGGAACGUCUCGAACUAAAGAUCCCAGAGGUGAAGUAGAGAUGGCUCUGGCAGCUGGAUACAGACACGUUGACUGUGCUUACUGUUACGAUAAUGAACCAGAGAUUGGCCAGGCUUUCUCCAAGAUGUUUACUAAUGGCAGUAUAAAAAGAGAAGACAUGUUCAUUACAAGCAAACUUUGGGGCACCUUCCAGAGAGGUCAUCUGGUUGAGACUGCAUGUAACGAAACACUAUCUAAUCUGCAACUGGAUUACCUGGACCUUUACCUGAUACACUGGCCCAUGCCACUGGAACCUGACGAUAAAGGGGGCUAUGAUCCUGAGAGUAAGAUUGAUCCGAACCCCCCGCCGUUUUCUGAGACCUGGGCGGCAAUGGAGAAGUUGGUGGAAUCAGGAAAAUGCAGAAACAUCGGUCUCUCUAACUUCAAUAUAGAUCAGAUACAAGAGGUUUUAGAUUGUGCUAAAAUAAAACCUGUAAACCUCCAAGUUGAGUCCCACCCCCUCUUUCCUAACACAGAACUUCUUGAGUUCUGCAAGAAGCAUGGCAUAUCUUUCGUCUCAUUCGGCCCCUUAGGAAGUCCAGGAAGAACGUGGAAGAAGGAAGAUCAGAUAAGUUUGUUAGAUGAUGAAGAUGUUCUAAAAAUAGCACAGAAACACAAUGUGACAGCUGGAAAAGUACUUUUGAGAUACCAAAUUGACAAAGGAAAUGCAGUUAUUCCAAAGACUGGCACUCUUUCACGCAUGAAAGAAAACUUGGAUAUAUUCAGUUUCUCUUUGGAUCCCUCUGAUAUGGACUGCCUGAAUAACCUUUACAAAAAGGCUGGACCUAACGGAUAUCGCAUAUUUAAUUACCUUCGUUAUAAACACUCGCCCUACUACCCCUUUGCUUCAGAAUUAAAAAUCCACAGCAUGGCACUGCAUUUAUUUCGUUCACAGUUCACAUCAAGCCUAAAACAACUGACGCGAUCUCUCUCUGGAAUUUCCAUCCCCUCCAUAAAAUGUGGAGUGAGUGAGAUGCCAGUAGUUGGACUGGGAACCUGGCAAAGUAAGCCCGGUGUAGUUGGAGCAGCUGUAGAGACUGCACUCAGUGUUGGAUACAAACACAUCGACUGUGCUCAUGUGUACGGAAAUGAACCAGAGAUUGGUGAGGUGUUCUCCAAGGUAUUCAGCGAGGGUGUUAUCAAAAGAGAGGAUGUGUUUAUUACGAGCAAGUUAUGGAACACUUUUCAUAGGGCUGAAGAGGUAGAAUCAUCGUUUAAUGAAAGUCUAUCAGAUCUUCAACUAGACUACCUCGAUCUGUAUUUGAUUCACUGGCCAAUUGCUCUUGAGCCUGGGAUGGGGAGUCUGUUUCCUAUGGAUGAAAAUCAAGUAUCAAUCAUGGACACCAAAUCCCCAUCAUUCGCUGAGACAUGGGGAGUUUUAGAAAAACUGGUUGAAUCGGGAAAGUGCAAAAAUAUUGGUCUCUCAAACUUCAAUAUUGCUCAGAUCGAAGAAGUUCUGAGCUUUGCCAACAUCAAGCCAGCCAACUUGCAAGUGGAGUCCCAUCCCCAUCUACCUAACUUGGAACUUCUGGAAUACUGCAAGAAACAAGACAUUUCUUUCGUCGCUUACAGCCCUUUAGGGAAUCCCGGAAGUGAAUAUCGUCACAAAAAGCAAGUUGACUUGAGAGAGGACGAGGAUUUGGUGGGAAUAGCAGAGAAACAUGGUGUCAGUACUGGACAAGUCAUGAUCAGAUACCAAAUAGAUAAAGGCAACGCAGUGAUCCCAAAGAGUGUGACACCGUCCAGAAUUGAAGAGAACCUCAAUGUGUUUGGUUUCUCUCUUGAUGCUGAUGAUGUGGAAACUCUGAAUAACCUGUACAAAAAAGUUGGGCCUAAAGGCUGGAGAACCUGUGCUGUACCUCACUAUAAGCAUUCACCUUUCUUCCCUUUUGCUUCUGAGAUGAAAUGAUGCUGCUCCUUGCUCUGAUUGAGAACUGUAUUUGUCUCUUGAACAAUUUUUUAUAAUGCAAGUUAAGUCAACGUUUGAUUAGGCGAUUGCGAGUAAUUUAUUCAUCUUUUUAUAGGGUAUAUUUUGUUAGUUUUAAACUAAAUUAGAUUACAAAUUUGAUUUACAUAGUGAUGAUAAUGAUAAUGAUUCUAUAAUUGAUUGCAUAAGUCAUAGAAUUUUCCGUUUUUCAAUAAUCAGCUGAAUACCAAUUGGCUAAUCUUAAAUUGUGUACCUAGUUAUUCAGAUUUGAAAAAGUUGAUUUUGUUUUAUGUAACUUUUCCUGUUUUGACUCUGAUUUAGUUCAUUUGAAUGGAA